AACGGUUUUUCCAGUGACAUUUAAAUUGUUACUGUUUUUUACAUCACAAAUAUAUAAAAAGUGAACUUUUCAAAGUAUUUACAAUUCUCAAAUUGAUGUAAUUAUUAUCCUUAUAGUCUUAGACAAAAGAUUUUUUAAAACAUACGUUUGUAUAUGAUAAAGUUAGAACGGAAGACGAAUGACAGUGCCAAAAUGAAAAAUCGGAAGGAACCAGUUACCCCACGACGUAGGGCUUCGAUAGGCAAAAACGGUAUAAUAGGGAAAGUCACAAGGACUUUAUCGCGGCCAGUAUCUAGUACAGCUCCAAAAGUCACCGCUACAUCUUGUAAUAUAAAAGUGGUUGUAAGAGUCCGUCCACCUAAUGUAAAAGAACAAGAUGAGAAGCAUCAAUCUGUUGUCCAAGUGGUGAACCAGCAAGUCUUGAUUUUUGAUCCAAAAGAAGAUGAGACACCUUUUUUUUAUCAUGGUGUACAGCAGAAACAUAGAGAUUUGCUUAAAAGAUCCAAAAAAGACAUAAAAUUUUCCUUUGAUAGGGUUUUUACCACUGAGUCCACAAAUUCAGAAGUGUUUUUGGACAGUACAAAAAACUUGAUUGAUAAUCUGAUGGAUGGUUGUAAUUGUUCUGUUUUUGCUUAUGGAGCUACAGGAGCUGGCAAGACAUUUACCAUGAUAGGGAGCAAUGAAAAUCCAGGGAUUACUUUCCUGACAAUGAAAGCCUUAUUUCAGAAAAAAGAGGAUCUGUGUUCAGAGAGGGACUUUGAGUUAAUGUUAACCUACAUUGAAGUGUAUAAUGAGCUUGUUAAAGAUCUAUUAAAUCCAGGAACUCCUUUAAAUUUGUUGGAAGAUGCAAAAUAUGGGGUUAGAGUACAAGGUAUUACAGGACACAAAAUUAACAAACCAGAUGACUUAUUCUCUUUACUGGAGCAGGGAAAUAAAAGAAGAACUCAACAUCCUACAGAUGCCAAUGCGGAAAGUAGUCGAUCACAUGCGGUUUUCCAGGUUUAUAUUCAAAUGAAAAUGAAAGCAACAAAAGAGGUCAGGCAAGCGAAAUUGAGCAUGAUCGAUCUGGCAGGAAGUGAAAGAGGCUCCGCGACAGGUUUCAUGGGGGCCCGGUUUAAAGAGGGCGCUAAUAUAAAUAAAUCUUUGUUAGCAUUGGGUAAUUGUAUCAAUAGCUUAGCGGAUGGUCAAAGACAUGUGCCAUACAGAGAUUCAAAAUUAACCAGAUUGCUAAAAGAUAGUCUAGGCGGAAAUUGUCAUACUGUUAUGAUCGCCAAUGUGUCUCCUUCAUCAUUAAGUUUUGAUGACACGUACAAUACUUUAAAAUAUGCCUCUAGAGCAAGCCAAAUAAAGACUUCUAUUAAACGUAACGUCGUCAACGUCGAUAUGCACAUCGAGCAAUAUAUUAAAUUGGUUGAAGAUCUCCAAACUGAAAAUUUAAAAUUAAAAAAAGAGGUUGCUGAAUUGAAGGAAAUGAUGAACUGUUCGGAGAAGUUGACAGAUAGCCCGGUCCUUAAAGAUUUGACAAACCACCAAGAAGUUGAAAAAGAAGAAGAAAAGGUUGAGAUAAAUGAUGCAAGGACAGUUUUACCCGCGGAAACAGUCGUUGCUGAAUCGCCGUGCAAUAAAGAAGUUGACAGUGAAAUGUUGACAGUUUUGAAGAUUUUUCUUCAAGAUCAGAAAGAUUUGUUGGAGCGUGAAUAUCGGCUACAAUGUAGUGAGUUGGGUAUGUCGUUAAAGAGAGAAUUAAAAACUCAGGCCAAAGAUCGACUUAGCAACUUGUACAUAGAUACACCGGACAAAGAAGAGAUGAGGCGAAAGCUUAACGAGCAGGUUGGAAGAUUUGAGAAAAAAGAAUACACCACCAAAAAGGAACUGUCAGACAUUCAACUGAAGAAAAAGAACGUAGAAGGAAAAAUUCAAUUUUUAUUAAAAAAACAUCCGGCUCUGAAAGAAGAGAUUAACCGAGCCACUAUCGAAUUAGAAAUUUUGAGUCAUAAAUAUAAGGCUGAAUUAAAACAAAGGGAAGCGGAAGUACUCCUGGACGACCACAAGGACAAAUGCGUGGCGAUUGAAUACAUGGCAAAAUUUAUCAAACGUUUGUAUCUGUCAGUUGGUGGAAAAUACGAUGCACCCGAAAGUGUCACAAAGGACUACGACAACUUAGUGGCCACUCUGAAUGGCAGAAAAAAUGUUAAAUUUGAAGAAGUCGCUGGGAAUUUUGUGGCAAGUGAAGGUCUAAACGAUGUUCUAUCUCUGGAAUCGGCCAUCGGCGACGAAAACAGUCGGAAACGUAAAAUCGAAACAGACAGCCAAAUUUCUCUGGACUCGACGUUUACCUGUAAUGGGGAAAAAGCAGCCCCCAAAAGCCCCAUGCCCGCUGGCGGUGCAAAAUCGAGAAUUAAUUCGCAACUAGUAACCGAAGGCUCUAAAGCUCCCAUAAAGAGAUUUGCUACCGGAGUGUCACCGAGGUCGAGAUCUAAGCCGAGGCUAAAAUGUUCCCCUAAGACGAAUAUUACCAACGUGAGAUUAGGCAGAAUGGAUUUGGUUAGGAAUGGUAUUAAAAAAGCGACUGCAAAAACUGUUACCGAAAGACCAAGAUUUAAAUUUUGAAUUAUCUUUGGUCCAACUUCUGAGAGCUUGCCGAAAUAAGACUUACUAACCAUCCUGUUUACUGAGCUUUUGCAAUAUGUACUAAUUCUUAAACAGUAUCUCGAUAUUUAUGUUUAGUUUUGAAAUGUUUAUUUAAAAUAAAAAUUGUAUUUCUUUUUGUAUAA